AUGAUCGCGUCCGUGUCGGAUCCCGCUCCAGCUUCUCCACGACAUCGCCCGCACCCUCGCACUGCGUAUCAAAGGAAGCAUGGAGUACAAGGCACAACUACACAGCUCUCAUCUAAGUCUCAUCACAAGCAGCAGAAUCCGCGCAAUGCUCGCAUGAAGCCAACCGGAUCCAAGUUCCCAGCCAGCGACGCGAACUAUGCCGCCAUUGAAGGUGGUAUAGGCGACUAUCGUGACGCAUUGUGGUACAAGGCGGGAGAGGGAGAUUUGCUGUUUGCUCAGUGGUUUUUGGGUCGCUGUAAUGGCGUGGGAGACGCUAGGACGCCCCAUUUUGCAGACGCUAUUAAGCGGAUAUUUGCGCUGUUUAAAAUCCAGCGUAAACUGCGUCAUGAGCUCGCUAUGAGCUCGAAGAAGGAGGUUGACGAAGAGAAUGAAGAGACAGGGGAUAAAGAGCACGAGGAUGACAGUAGCGAUGAGCCUCUGUGGCCUGUGGAGGAAAUCGUAGAGCAGGUGGGAGGCGUACUGAGAGUAUCAAGGCUGGAGCUAUUGAGGCAGCAAACAGCAGCACAGAAGAACAACACAAAUUUGGAAGGGGACUUGGAGAGGAUCGUGGUGGCGGAAGUGGUAGAAAAUGCUACGGAGCUGAUACUAAGUCGUGCCACGAGUGACCACGAGUCGUUGCUGAGACGCUGGGUCGAGAUCUUGAAAGAGGAAGAAAAGGUGGAGGAAUUUGAAGCGAUGGGAGCUAGCCUACUGGAGGUUCGUGUCGAGGUUGUGGGAAAUGUCGAUGAAGCUACAGCACAUAAGAUCAAGAAACGCGAGAAGAAUUUGCGAUUGCGCAAGAAAAAGUCAAGAGAUGCUGAAGAAUCAGCCUGUAAACAGAUAGAGUCGUUUUUGACGUUUUUGACGGAGUCGGCGCAAACAGAGGCAAUGGCAGAAGCUUCCGUGACAGCGACACCGUCUGAGGCAAGAGAGAUAUGGUCCCAAGAGCUGCAGCAUCUUGUGGAACUCUCGAGUAUUGAUCCAGAUGAGGAAGAGCGGCGGUUGCGUGUCGCACGUGAUAUUCAGACUGUUCUUAAACGGGAAGUGACCAAGUGGCGGCAUUGUGAGGUGAUUCUAUAUGGUAGUUCAUUGACUUGCUAUGGCUCGCGGACCUCGGACUUAGAUAUGUGCCUCUUACCUAAUGGCCGCACUACCGGAAUGGAUGCAGACUCACCAAAAGAAGUUGUGGGGAGACGCCAGCUUCGGCGCUUGAUUGACGGAAAGUCUGGUAAAGAUUGGCUCAAACCAAGCACAGAUUCUGGAGUUGCUGAGCAGCUGCGAGAUCAACGUGCACAGGUGCAAUCAAGCAUUGAAAAGAUCGUGCAGGCACUUAAUGUACUGGAUCGAUCUGACAAGAUGAGUGAUAAGUUGACGAAGCAGCGCCGCCAUCUGGAGUAUUUCUACACUCAGAUGCGGCUGCUGCGCAACGCUAUCGUUGCUGAGCUCACGGGGUUGCUUGGAGUUGAAGAGUCUCUCAAUAUUGCCAAUUCGAAUGGUAAGUCUGCACAACUAAAAGCGACUAUUGCUGCUAGCAGAUGUCGGAGCGGUGAUCUCUAUCUCCUUCGUGUUAUUUUGCAGCGCGCUGCUAAAUGCGAAGUACGCCAAGUGAUAGCUGGUGCCCGAGUCCCUAUUAUCCGUUUUUUGUACACGCGUAGCGAUUGUGCGUAUGAGUGUGACUUGUGCUUUGAGAAUGUGUUGGCUACACGCAACACACCCCUUUUGCGAGCUUACGCAUCAUUUGACAAUCGUGCACGCGCUUUGGGACUCGCUGUAAAGCACUGGGCGAAGCAACGCGGAAUCAGUGAUGCCUCGAUAGGAUUCCUUAGUUCCUAUACUUUUGUGCUGCUAAGCAUAUUCUACCUGCAGGUGGUUCAAGUGCUUCCAAAUCUUCAAAAUCCUGCACUUUUGAAGUUUGCGCACGUUCAACCAGUCUACUACAACGACAUCAACAUCGCCUUUUGCGAAGAUCGUGGUCUCGCUCAAGCUUACCAUCAGCGUACAUCGGCUAGCGACUCAACAGAUAUGUCGUUGACAACUCUGUUGGCUGGAUUUUUUGAGUUUUACGCUACGCAGUUUGAUUAUGCAAAACGUGUCGUGGCUGUACAAUCACCCGAGACACCUGUACAAAAACUUGAGCUAUGGGGUAGUCGCAGGGCCAAGACGUGGCGUAUGAGCAUUCAGGACCCUUUAGAGACUGAGCGCGAUCUAGGUUGUGUUCUACAAGUGAAGGGGCAAGAAAGAAUCAUUCACGAGUUUCGUCGCGCGCACAAAAUGCUAAUUCAAGGUAAGAGCUUUUCCGACAUGAUUUGUGCUGUCGAGAAACCCGCUGGUAAAUUGGACAAGACAAAGCAAAUGAACGGAAACAUAACGCCAGGAAAGAAGGUGCAAAGCAUACCAAGUCAGCUACGAGCAGGCAAGAUGACGCGAUCGUACAUGUUGUUGUUGCGAAGCGCUGACGAAGAGUUGACAAAGGAGACAAUUGGUCUGUUUUUCAAAUGGUUUCGGAACUCAUUCCAGGUUGGCAAAGUCGUGGAAGCGACAACUCUUGAGUCUGUGACUGGUGGUGCUGGAAAUAAGAACAAGCUGUGGGAAGUUGAACUGUUGACGCAGGCACGAAAUUGUCCGCGUGUUUUGUCGUUGAAAACUCGAAUCGAUUGGAAGGCGUCAGAUGGUCGCGCAGGUCGCGUAUGGCUUCAUCAUCAGUCUUUAUUUGCUACACCACCGUGCGAAAAGUGUCUGUCGCCCGAGCAUACGAUGAGCGAGUGUCCACCAGAAGAUAUCAACGAAGGCGACAAUGACAAAGAUGCAGGUGCAGGCGAUAGAGGUGAGCUUCGACUCAAAUACAAGGCUCAACGAAACAUUGGUCAACAUGUUCUUCGUGUGACGUUAAAUGGAGAUUCUUCCACUGCUAUUUCAAAACGGAAUGGCCGUCGUAUGAAGCAGCAACAGUAUCACGAAAGUUCACAGCCUGCUCACGUAAUGAGCAAACUCAAGCCUACUACGAGACGCAGUACGAAUGCAACAGGCAAAAAGGAGCCUCGUAAUAGCGACAAGAAAAGAGAGAUUAAGCGAUUUGAUGGGCGUCACAAAGACGUUGUAGCAUCUCCAUUGGCUUCACGUGGCGAAGGUGACGGUGACAUUGCAGGAAAGACAACCCAGAAGAGGAAAAAAUGGCAACAGCGAGCUCACCGCAAGAAUGAACAUUUGAAAGGUAACAAGACCAAUGCUGCAUUAUAA